AUGGGUAGAAGAAAUAAGUAUAGGAAAGGUAACAAGAAAACUUUUGGUGCUCGUGAUGAUUCAAAAGCUCAAAAAAACUGGGAUGAGCUAGUUAAGGACAAUGAAAAAUGGGAAUCUUAUUAUAAGAACUUAGGUAUCAUUCCAGAAAAUGAAUGGGACCAAUUUAAAACUACUUGUCAAGCUCCAUUGCCUUUAACUUUUAGAAUUACCGGUUCAAGAAACCAUGCCAAUGAAGUCUCACGUCUAUUUAAGGAAAAGCACUUGCCAAAUUUGACAGAUGUAGAAUUCGAAGGUGAAAAAUUAAAGGCACCAGCCAAUUUACCUUGGUAUCCAAACCAUUUGGCUUGGCAAUUAGAUGUACCAAAAACAGUUAUUAGAAAAAAUGAACAAUUCGCAAAGACUCAAAGAUUCUUAGUGGUUGAAAAUGCUGUUGGUAACAUUUCAAGACAAGAAGCUGUCUCUAUGAUUCCACCAAUUGUCUUGGAAGUUAAACCACAUCACACCGUUUUAGAUAUGUGUGCUGCCCCAGGUUCUAAAACCGCUCAAUUGAUUGAAGCUUUGCAUAUGGAAGAUGAUGAACCAAGUGGGUUUGUUGUCGCCAAUGAUGCAGAUGCAAAGAGAUCCCACAUGUUGGUCCAUCAAUUAAAAAGAUUGAACAGUGCCAAUUUAAUGGUUGUAAACCAUGAUGCCCAAUUUUUCCCUCGUAUUAAGCUGCAUGAAGAUGCUACCCAAAAGAAAGAUGUCCUAAGAUUUGAUAGAGUUUUAUGUGAUGUUCCAUGCUCUGGUGAUGGUACUAUGAGAAAAAAUGUUAACGUUUGGAGAGACUGGAACACUCAAAGUGGUUUAGGUUUACACACAGUUCAAUUGAACAUUUUGAACAGAGGUUUACACCUUUUGAAACCAAAGGGUAGACUAGUUUACUCUACUUGUUCUAUGAAUCCAAUUGAAAAUGAAGCUGUUGUUGCUGCUGCUUUGAGAAAAUGGGGUGACAAAAUUCGUCUAGUUAAUUGUGAUGAUAAAUUACCAGGUCUAGUCAGAUCAAAGGGUAUUUCCACUUGGCCUGUUGUUGACAGAAAUAUGGAAGAAAAGAAGAAGGGUGACGAAAACACCGUCGAAUCUUGGUUUGCGCCAACUCCAGAAGAGGCUGAAAAAUUUGAUUUGUCAAGCUGUAUCAGAGUCUACCCACACCAACAAAAUACUGGUGGUUUCUUCAUUACUGUUUUUGAAAAGUUAGAUGAUGAAGAAGAUGCUGUUGCCUCUGAAGAACCAUUACAAAAGAAAUUUAAAUCUGCUGAACCUCAGAAGAAAGAAAAAUUACCUCGUGAUGCUAAUGAAGAACCAUUUGUUUUCAUUGAUUCAGAGCAUGAAUCUUUGAAAAGUUGUUGGAAUUUUUACGGUAUCGAUAAUAUCUUUGACAGAACAACAUGUUUGGUGCGUAAUGCUACUGGUGAACCAACUAGAGUUGUCUAUACCGUAUGUCCAGCUUUGAAGGAUAUUAUUAAGGCCAACGAAGACAGAUUAAAGAUUAUAUAUUCCGGUGUCAAAUUAUUUGUAUCUCAAAGAAGUGACAUUGAAUGUCCAUGGAGAAUUCAAAGUGAAGCUUUACCAAUCAUGAAGCAUCACAUGCAAUCAGACAGAAUUGUCCAAGGUUCUCUAGAAUUAUUAAAAUUCUUGUUACAAGAAUCAUUCCCAAGCUUUGACGGUAUCUCUGAACAAAAGGUAGAUGAUGAAUUUGUUACUAAGAUGAGAGAUUUGAGCUCUGGUUGUUGCUUCUUAGAAGUUAAGAGAGAAGGUGAUGAAGUUGAAUCAUUAUUUUUACCUGUAUGGAAAGGUAGCAAGUGUAUUAAUUUGAUGGUUUGUAAGGAAGAUACUCACGAAUUAUUAUACAGAAUUUUUGGCAUUGAAACUGAGGCUAAAGACAAUCCAAAGGCCAAGGCCCAAGCAGAAAAAAAAGCGGCAGAAGAAGCUGCUAAGGCAAAUGAAUCUACAGAAACCAAAGAAGUUUCAAAUUAA